AUGUCAAGCAGAAAUCUUCAUGCCUUACCCCUCUUUCAGGGUGACAGUAGACAUUUGCUGACAGGACCACUGCAGUUCUACAUUCGCGUAAUUAGCUUCCUGCCAGAACCUUUGAUCAAUGUGAUAGAUCUUAUCUGGCCAAAUCUGCCAGGUAAAUUUGAUGCAGCUUAUGAAGUUAGUGUGGUAGAUGAACUCCGCUUUUUCAAAGGCAGCAAAGUAUGGGCUGUACAGGAACAGAAUGUACUGGAAGGAUUUCCCAUGGACAUCCAGAGUUUCUUUGGCUUCCCUAGCAAUGUGACAAACAUUGAUGCUGCUGUUUGUGAGGAAGAGACUGGAAAAACAUACUUCUUUGUUGACCACAUGUACUGGAGGUAUGAUGAAAAUACACAGUCCAUGGAUCCAGGUUACCCCAGAUUAAUAGCAGAAGACUUUCCUGGAAUCGACAAUAAAGUUGAUGAUGUUAUCCAGAAAGAGGAUAAUUUCUAUUUCUUUCACCAAUCAAUUCAAUAUAGAUUUAACCUCCAAACAAGAAGAAUUGAUGAUUCCGGUGAUUUUAAUACUUGGUUCAACUGCAAAAAUAUUGGCAACUCAUUACCGAGUUAA